GUUCGGUUGGAUGCUGUCAGUUGGGCUCCGUGAAGGCGCGUUUCGACCGCGUUCGCCUGGUGUGGGCCCGUUUAGUGUUGGAUGUUCUGCCGCUCGUUUAGGUACGCGUUUCGUUUGGCUAGCGUGGAGGUGCCGUGGAAGACCCGGGUCGAAAGCCCGGAAUAGUUCGUGUAACCCGGUGUGGUGGCGCCGCUGCCGACUUGUGGGAAGGUGAGGCAGGUCGAGGUCCGAGUUCCCGGGAAGAAGGAGGAUUUCAGUGAAAAUUGAGGAUUUUUGUUUGUUCUGGGUGGAUGGUUCCGGAAUGCGAAGUAGGUGCAGCGGAACCCGGCUUGGAAUACGGAGUUUUGCAUGCUUUCACAGGAUACGGAAAACUGGUUCCUGUUACACACCAACAGGGAUUGUGUAUUUGUGAGUGCGCGCGUGUGACGACGACGACGACGAAGAAGAGGAGGAUACACCGCUGAUUGGUACUGGUUGGUAACAAUAUCAACGUAACGAGAAUAUCCAGCAGUAGCAGCCGCAGCGGAAAGGCCACUUUUUGGCGCGACUUGGAGAAGUUUUCGGAAGCGAAUGGAUGGACGGAUGGACCGGGCGGAUGUUGGAGGAGAUCAUCAACCGGUGGCUGCCCUCCAUCAAUCCAGCCAGCAUUAAUUAACACCACACCACCGACCGGUCUGAUCUGACUCCCAUCCUCCCUAAACGAAGUGGGUGAUCCAACCAGAAUAAAACCAUCGCAAAAUUCCACCUCGUCAUCCCUCUGACUCAAAAGCCCGCAAAAUUAACGAGAUCGUGACACUAAGCCAGGUGGUAAAUUUAAACUAGAAAACUGCGGAUUAACGAACUGGAACGUGGCAGAAAAAUCCUGCCACUGCGCCCUGUUUGUGACAGAGUUCUAACCAGAAAAAAAAGAACCUCUCAAAAAGUGCAUCAACCGUGUGAAAAGUAACAGUGUAACUGUGGCGCGAGAAAAAUCCGUCAACCGAGGGACCGACUAAUUGAAAUUCGCCCACCAGAGGUCGUCGAGGGAAAAUCUUUUCGGGCAUGGAGCUGCGACCUCGUCGGACAGUGUCGGGCAGUGCUGGGCCAGAGUGAGUAAUUAGUGAGCGUGCGUCCAACGGCACGACGACGCGGAAAACUGGUGGGAAAGUAAGCGUGUUAGAUGUGAAAAAGACCAGAAUUGUGACAUCAGCCAAGCAGUGAAAAUGUUGGAUAAAUUGACGUUCUACGUUGGUGUUUAUCUACUACUGUUGCACAGCAGGAUCAAAGUUUCCCUGAGCUCGACGAUGACGCUGACCACGGAGGAAUCGGCCGGCCUGCAGCCCUACUUUGACUUUGAUGUCCAGCGCAAUCUGACCGUCACCGUCGGCCAGACGGGCUUCCUGCACUGCCGGGUCGAGCGGCUCGGCGACAAGGACGUGGCAUGGAUCCGCAAGCGGGACCUUCACAUCCUGACGACCGGCUCGUCGACCUACACCUCGGACCAACGCUUUCAGGUGAUCCGGCCGGAACACUCCAUCAACUGGACGCUGCAGAUCAAAUACCCGCAGGUGCGGGACUCGGGCGUGUACGAGUGCCAAAUCAACACCGAGCCCAAAAUGUCCCUGUCGUACGAGCUCACCGUGAUUGAACUUCGAGCCCGGAUACUGGGUCCGUCGGACAUUUUCGUCAAGUCGGGCAGCGAAAUCAUCAUGACGUGCGUCAUCCAGCAGGGACCGCACGACCUGGGCACGGUGUUUUGGUACAAAGGCAACGCCCUGAUAGAGUCCACGACGCAGGAGAACAGUGUCCACUCUGGCGGCGAGAACCAGCGGAUCACGGUGGAGACGGACUGGACGGACGGGCUGACGUCGCGACUCAAAAUAAAGCGGGCCGUGCAGAGCGACACCGGCAACUACACGUGUGUGCCGACGAUGGCCAAAUCAUCCAGCGUGUAUGCACACGUAAUUAGUGGUGAACACCCCGCGGCGAUGCAGCACAACGCCGGCUGCCGGACCACCGGAUCGCUUCUGGCACCCCUCGCGAGUCUCUUCCGGUUGCAGAAAAGCAUCCAGAGCUCGAGCACCAGCUGGUGGUGGUGGUCCACCGAGAUGACACUUGCCGUAGUCCAACUGGCCACCCUGGUGCUGGUCCACCUGGUGGCCACUAGUGGCAGCGGCAGCACCAUUUGGCACCACCCGACGCGGGACUCGAGAUGAAAGUGGCCCCCUCGAACGGUGGAUCUUAGCGUAAGCGGAAGACGAGGUAGUUCCGGAAGUAGUCGUUGUGAUGACGUUUGCUGGAGGAGGGUGGACCGACGGGAGGUGGUGGUGCUAUGAGGAGGGGGAAACGUCACCGAAGGGAGCUUAUCGGUAAGGUAGAUGUUUUUUUGUUGUUUUUCGUUUGGAGAAUAUCUCUGAAGUUGUAAAUAUUCGAGAAUGUGAGUGAACGCGAGCGCGAAGGUAGUUUUUGCCCCAAAACCAACACAAAGAAAUAAAAACAUAAAUAAAUCAAACUGUAAUAGUCGUGGAGCGAGUGUGUAUGUGCAUGUUUGCGAGAACGAAAGAAUUUCCAAAACAAAAAACAAGCAGAAAUUUAGCUGUAAGAUACAAUCAGAAACAAGAUUUAGUUGUAAUCUAGAACACAAUUGUAAAAAGCAGAGAAGCACUUAAAAAUACACACACUCACUCACAUACUGAACACAGAAUAAACGAAACAACACACAAACACGCAGAAAAAGAGCAUCCAUUCUCACAGACCACAGAAGCGUAAACGAAACGAGGGGAAAAAAGAAGCAGUCGCAAGUAAUGUAGGGAAGGAGAAAAAAGCGCUCUCUUCAAAGUUAAGGGAAAACGGGAACAAUUUCUCCUAGCAACGAGAAGCCCACGAUAUUUUCCCCGAAAGAAAAAAAAAGAAGAAAGUUUAAUAGCGUUUUGUACCAGCCAGGGAGAAAAAGGAAAAAGAAGCGUCCUUUCUUUGGACAGUGUAACCUGUCAAGGAAAGGAGAUAAGGUGGGAUCGGACAGGUGACUGAUGGGAUGGUGGACGGGGUCGUGCGGUGAUGGGAUGGCCCCUUAAGUGAUUGUUGGAGGGAUUUUUGGGUGUUUCAUAAAUUUUAGUUGCUUUAUUUUUUUCUUUUGUUCUGGCAUUUAUUUUAUUUUAAAUAUUGUUGCGCUCGCGGUAUGUAUUUUAAUAUUAUUAAACCAAUACUAAAAAUACUUCUGUCUUUCUUCAAGAGAAAUUUGAAGAAUUUACCUUUGAAAAAAAUUAUCUUCCGUCAGCAGUGGUGAAAUUGGGUACAAGUUUAAAAAAUGGUCGCAAAUUAAAGUUACGAUCGUGGUCCUUUUUCAAGGAUUAAAAAUCAGAUUGAUCAAAGUUUAAAAAAUAAUAAAUCAAAGAGCGAAUAUCGAAAAUCAACAGAUCGAAAAUCGAAAUAUUUUGACGACUUUUCAAUCUAGAUGCCUAAACGCCAGAGUUGCCAUGUUGAGCUGCGAGCUAUAUGAAACAAGAUUAUUACAAAUUCGAAAAGAACACCAAAAUUCCCAUGAUUUAAUAAGCAUUACGAUUGUCCACAGUUGAGUAGCAGAAAAUGUUUGUCUCAAAGUUCUGUCGCUUUGACCAAAGUUUUAAAAAAUAAGCAUAAUAUUCGUCAAAAUUUAAAAUCGUGAUCUAGUUCAGUGGUCCUUAGCCAGCUCAAUCCCGCGGGGCCAUUUUAACAAUUUGCUUCAGAUUCGCGGGCCACAUGUGAAAAUAUAAUUCAAAAUUCCUUUAAGUUGUAGAUUUUUUUACAUGACUUAUUUAAGUUGUGCAAAGAUAUUUGGAUUGAAGUUUUGAAAUAGCUUGAAACAUUUAGCCUCUUUUUACAAUGUUUUCUUUUGAAAUUAAUUUUGAAACUAACAUUUUUCAAUUUCGAUCUUGAAUUUAAAACUUAUGGAUACAUAUUUUUUGUUGUUGCUUUGAAAUCAAGAUUGUGAUUUAUUUUUUUCAAAAGUGGGUUUUUUCGUUGAACAUGUUUGAAAGAUUUUUCAAUCACUAUUGAAGGGCUCAAAAAAGUACAUUUUCAGUAUAUGAAUAUUCCAGUUAUAUUUUACCAAGCAAGCAGUGCGUGAUAAAAACUAUUGCUUCUGAAAAAUUGAAAAAUUGAAAAUAUUCUUGUGCAUUCUAUUUUUACACAAUAAGUGAAGUUGAAUAAGUGUUCAGAAGCUUUUUGAACCGAUAACUAAACGAAUUUUAGAUCAAUUAGUUCUACGUUUUGUGAACUGUUUUUUUACAUUUUUUAUUUAAGGAUGAGAUACUGCAAGAACAAUCAUGAAAUUUAAAUAAAUUAACAUUUUGUUAUGAAUAAAAUUUUCAAUUAAUAAUGAAACGAUACUUAUUAGAACUAGUAUGUCAAGCGUCAUGUCACAAAUCAUAAUUAUUUCAUACGGAGAUAUUGAAAGGAAAUAAUAGAAAAAUGUCUUCCAUCUGAUUUUAAGGACCACUCCAGCAAAGCAAACAAAAUUUCCAAAUAAUCCAUGUCUUAAUCAAUGGUUUCUUUAAAUUUGCAAAGCUUUAGUUGUUUUUGGUUGAAUUUUAUUGAAAAAAUACACCUAAUUUAAAAUUGGUUUACAAACCGAUUAUGAAUAUGAAAUUCAUUGAAUUUUUUUUCAGUAUUCUUAGCAUAUCUAUUUAAAAAAAAACUGGAAGUAACACAGUUAAAAGCAUCUCUGAGUUUCAAUAAUAUUUUUCAAAUGAAUUUUUGGCAAAAAAAAUCUUGAUUUCGUUUUUUUUUAAAUUAGUUUAAGAGAGGUUUUAAAAAUAAUCCAUAAAAAGAGCAUUAAGCAUCGUUUUGCCACAUUGUCCCUUGAUAUAUGGAGGUCAAUCUUGGCCAUAACUUGAUGUAUUUGAUUGUGAUUUCGAUAUUUUGCAGAAAGAUCCACACAGAGCCCAACUUGAUGUUUAGAAUAAUGAAAGUUUUUUUUUUCUAAAUUAAUGGCAUCCACAUUCAGAAUCUAAGUUUUUCAAAUUAAAUAAAAGUUUUAGUUAUUUUUCUUUAAUUCAAUUACUUUUAAUUUAAUCAUUUUAUAAAGCAAACUUGUUAAUGAUGUUACUAGUAAACAUGACAUGAAGACUACUAACUGGGCCGGAUGCCAUAGCAAUUUUAGAACCAGCUCAAGGGCCACAUUGAAGACCUCGGUGGGCCACAUGCGGCCCGCGGGCCACAGUUUGGUGACCACUGGAGUAGAAGAACUUUGGAGGAAGGUUAACAUUACGCCCAAGUAACAAGCAAAAUGCCUUUACUUCUUAACAGGUUUUAUAAAAGGUUUGAAAUUUGCUUUUCUGUUUUAUGAAAACAUUGAUCAAAACUUGCUGGGUUUAUGAUACGAAAGUUUUAAAAAUAUCUUUAAGAAUACUUUAAGAGCAUGGAAAAUAGUUUUAUAUCACACUUCAUUGUUUCUCUUAAAGCUAUCCCAGAGAGGUUAUUUAUAAGACUUUUAAGCAUUGUCAAAACUGCUUUGAAACUAAAUUAAAACUACUCUGUUCUAUGAAAGCAUAUUUUCAGAUUAUUUGAACUUGAUCUGUCAAAUCACAUUUUUUUGUACAGUCAGUCGGUUUAGUGUCAAAGAAAGUUUUACCAAAAUUUGUGAUCCCGGUAAACAAGUGAUACUUUUCGCCCGUUUCCGGCUCCAGCGCGGAUGUAACGGAGUACACCUAUCCGAGGGUGAUCGAGUACAUGCCGAUUUGGUCCAUUGACAUGCAUGGGCAGUAGAUGUUUUUUUCCGGCACGUGUUGAUCGAGUAACACGAGAAUCAUCAUGGGCGCCGAUUCCGUAGCUACCGUGAAGCCGACGCGCAGAAUCGACAAGCUACAAAUCAUCAGUUAGGCCAUCCGUUUGUCCGUCAGAGCCUUUCGAGGAUAAGCUGGAUAAGGCAUUCCGAGAAGCGGAUAAAUUCGUAGCGGAGUGCUAGUGUUUUAACGUUGGUCUAGUGUUGUUUAUUAAAAUCAGUGUUGUUGUGUCGACGGUAAAUUCCUUUAUGCGAGGAAAACUUAUGAUGAUCCCAAUCAAAUAAAUGAAUAAAGAAUAUGAAAAAAAAAUGUAUUUUGUUUUUUAUCCAACGAUGAAAAAAUAACCAUAAAAAACGUUUUGGAUCUACCUCCUGCUAACUAAAAUUCGCAUGCGCUACGGUCGCAGUACUACGCCUUUUGCUCUUGGUUAAAAUCGCCUUAAAGCUCAGUGCAGUCUACAUGUUCUUGCUUAAUCUUGAACAAGAGCUUCGCAAGAACAAAGCUCUUAAAGUUUCUUGUACAAGACCUUCUUAAGAAAAAUGGCCCUAAUAACUGCUUUGAGUAAGAGAGAAUAGUUUUUAUGAGUUCAGCCAUAUUAACACGAAAAAGCAAUGGCCAAAAAUGGAAGCCUUGUUGAUUGUUUAGAAAAAAAAAAUUAAUCGGUCCAUCAAAAUAAAAAAUCGAUGCAAUUUUGAACGAUUCAUGCCUUCGAUGCAUAUUUUUUCGAGGUAUCUAAGAAAACUGACCAGUGAAAUUUUGAUGGCAAGAAUUUUUCAGUUAGAACGGCUGCGUAAAGUCACAGUAAUUUAUUAUUUUGAUAUUAUUUUAUAGUUAUCAAUAUAAUUUUAUCUUUUUUCAUUGGCCAUUUGUGAUUUAUUUCAUAAAGAAUUAUUGAAUUUAACGAGAUUAUAAUUAGAACUGAUUUUCCUUCGACAAAUCAAUUUUAUCUUCAACGAGAGAAAACAUCUUUAAUGAAAGUUUAUUUCAGUCUUGAAAACCUCUUCUGUGCGGUUAUAAAUUUAAGAAGCUUGAGCAUAAGUUUUAUUUAAGCAAUUAAAUACACCUGCAGAAUGUUUUAAAAAUCAAUGUCUAUGCUGAUGAGUUUUAGAUGACUCCUAAUAAAUGGUCAUGAUAACCUCCUAAAAUAGUCCACUUUGCUCUUAAAUCAGGUUUAAUGCUGAUUUAUUGUUGUCCUGGAGAUAAAAUGGCUUUAUGGUCAUUUUUAGCUAAGAUAACUUCAAUCUCUCCUCAAGAUAGGUACAAAACUGAAAAAGUUACUUGGGCGUUAUUGCGCGAUAAGUGCAAAGGGGAAUGAAAACUAUUUAAAGAUUUUUUCAAUAACAAUUGAUCUUUUGGAUUUAGAUAAAGCUAACAAGUAAGAAAUAAAGUCUAUUAUCGAUUGACUUUUGGAAUUUUUUGCUAAGUUGCCUUUUUCAUUGGAAUUUCUGAGAUCCGAAUUGAAAACGCGAGAAUGAGGUUAGAUUGCUUAUUUUGAAAAUCAAUCAAAUUUAAAUUUUUUUGAGACAAAGUUUUGCUUUUAUAGUAAAAGUGACUUUAAAAAACAUUAGUCCACUUGAAUAAUCAACUUUUUCAAUUAAUUCAUUCGGUUUUGAUUGAUUGAAAAAUUUCCAAAUUUUGAAUCAGAUAGUGAACAGGUUCAAUCGGCCAUCACACAUAUAUUUUUGUUUAUAUCAAUUAAGCUCUUUAUUUCUUACCUUAAAAUAGUAAUUUCAAACCAGUUUGAUUUCUUUAGGAUAUAAUAUAAUAUAUAGGACAUCACCCCAAGUUUCAUCGUCCUCUAGUGGGGGGUAAUUUUGACGUUUUAUCGUCUAUCGUGUGGGGCAGUAUGCACCGGUUAAAAGCAGUUUUCACUAGUCACCACUAGAUGACACUGCUGUGUGUAGGCUAAAAAAAUAAAUUAGAAAUACUUUUUUUUAAUGCUUUUAGACUCAUCUAUCCAUAGAAUAAUUAAGAUUUGGCAAAAACUAUACAACUCAACAUUUACAAUAUCAAUAGGUGGAGAGGGGGUAAUAUGCACCCCCGGGGCAAAAUGCACCCCCUGCUUUUCUCGAUAUUGGGAAGAAUUUUCUUGGGAAAAAUCAAAGAAAUUUGAAGCUUAACAUUGUCAAACCACGGAAGAAAAAUUUCACCAAAAGCAUUUAUUUAUUUUGUAAGUAUUGAUUUUUAUAGUUGCUGCCAUAAUAAUCAUAAUUCUAUGAAUAGAUGAGUCCUAAAACAUUAAAAAUGUAUUAUUAGUUGAAUUUCAUGCAUAAAUCGUGGUCGGGGCAAAACGCACCGCUGUGAUGCUCCUAUGUAAACAGCGGUGUCAUCUAGUGGUGACUAGUGAAAACUGCUUUUAGCCGGUGCAUUUUGCCCCAUUGUUGUAGUGCAUUUUGCCCCAAUUUUGUGGUGCAUAUUGCCCUGCAUGAUUGUUUGGAAUGAAUCAAAAAUGUUUUUAGAAAUUUGCUAUUUUUGAACAAUUUUUAAGGUUUUCAAGACUUUUUUCACAUGAAUGACGAAAGAAUAAUAGUUUGUUUUAGAACAUCUACAAAAUUCUUCCACAGAAAAUCUUUUAUGGCUGAGAUAUAUCCAAAUUUUUAUAAUGGUCUUUUCUACAUAUUUGUAGAACAUUAUUACAGUCUAAAAAAUAACCCUGCAAAGUUUGAAAAAAACACGAAAUUUUGAAAUUAAAAAUUUUCAAAACAAUUAGUUAAUUAUAUUAAUUUUGUUCUAAAUGAAAA